AUGACACUGCGAUGGGAUUCACAGUUGGUCUUUAAUGAGGCUGGAUACAUCUACAUCCAAGACGCAGUGAGGACCUACAAGACCUACAAUCUUACUAGGGAAGACCCAGGCUCAAGAGAAAUUUUCUAUCACAUGGCUAGGAUUGAUCAUGACGGAGUCUUCAGACUAUACAAACACCUAAGGGAUAAUACAAGUGAUGGGAGCUGCCCUUCAUCAUGGACCAUCAUGCAAGGCAUUCCUGAUGAUAUAUGUGGUGCAUUGGCCAGUGAUCACGUUAAUGCUGGUGAUCAUGAUGGGUUCUGCAGACCCAAUGGCAUUUGUAGUACCUCAGAUAAUUCAAGUGGGAGAGCAUUUUGCUCAUGUCCUGACGAAUUUUCUCCCUUGAUCCAACUUGACAAUUGGGCAGGGUGUAAACCAAAUUUUCCAUUGCCUAGCUGCCACAAGGGAUGGGAAAAAAAUAAAGAGCUUGUAGAUUUUGUAAAGCUUAAAAACGUGGACUUUCCAUUCACUUCAUAUAAACUAGUUGAAGGACCUCAGGUCAAUGAGGCAAGCUGUAGACAGCUAUGCCUCGACAAUUGCUUGUGUGUUGUGGCCAUUUAUGAGGAAAAAGGUCAUUUAUGUUGGAAGAAAAAGUAUCCUCUGUCCAAUGGAAGACAAAGCCCAAAUAUUACUAGAAGAGAUCUCAUCAAGUGA